AUGCCAUAUGAGACAUACAAUGGGGUGAAUGUGAGACUUAGGUAUGUCUUGAAAGUGACCAUUAAUCGUGGUUAUGCAGGAAGCAUAGUUGAGUACCAGGAUUUUGUGGUUCGCAACUAUUCUCCACUCCCACAGAUUAAUAACAGCAUCAAGAUGGAAGUUGGAAUAGAAGAUUGUCUGCAUAUUGAAUUUGAGUACAACAAAAGCAAGUAUCACUUGAAAGAUGUUAUCAUUGGCAAGAUAUACUUCUUACUUGUUAGAAUCAAGAUAAAAAACAUGGCCUUGAGAUUAGACGCCGAGAACCCACAGGAUCAGGGACCAACACCCACGUGGAGACAGAAACAUUGGCUAAAUUCGAGUUGA